UCUUGAUGCGUUAUUGGAAACAUCGCAUGCGUGACAUGCAGCAAUUGACAGUUUGAUCAUCCCUAGUGAAAAUGUAAAAAGUGUAAAAAGCUCAUUGGCAUCCUGAAAAUAAACAUCCAGUUCCACAGAGUUUGUUUGUAUCUCGUUCGGUACGAUAUAUCGGCGUUUUCUGCUUCAAAUGAUGAACGAUCACUCCAAACAUGGUGCCGAAGCAAAACCAGAGAAGCUCGAGCGUCCCGGUACCUGUGGAGGUGGUGGUGGAUCCCAGGAGGCGACUCGGCAGGAUAGCAUCGAACGAAUACUGCAACGCAAACAGAGAGUUUAUCAGCUUCCUCGAAAGCAAAAACUUACAAAGUUGUCCAUGUAUUCGGCGUGCCAGGGACCGGAUUGUCGUUGUACCGGGUGGAAGACUCCCGAGGAAAACCGCCAUAAAGAUGUCGAAGUGGAUUACUGCCCAAAUUUCAAGGAGGAAUGUCGAAACCCGAACUGCAAACAUAGUUUGGAGAUGCACAUAUCUCAUCUGGGUGAUAUAAGCGAUGAUCAAAUUAAUGAACUGCUGGGAGCGAUCGUGGAUGUCGAGAAUCUGUACAUGAGUAUGCUGAGGGAGACUGAUACUGACACCAAGAAAGUUUAUGCCUAUCUGUUUCGGCUGUUGAGGCAGUGUAUUCUCACUAGGGCGCAAGCUGUAAUCCGUGGACCUUUGGGAGAUCCGCCAUUCGAACAUCCUUCUAUUUCCAAAGCUGUAACUAACUUUGUUUUGCACAAAUACAGCCAUUUGUGUCCCGUAGAUUUAGAAACUAUGACGGAGGUUGCGAAAACGUUUCUUCAUUGCCUCAACCAUUGGAAUUUCGAAGCACCAAGCGCUCGUAAAGAUCUGAGCCACGAAGAUGCUUCAAACUACAAAAUAAAUUAUACUCGCUGGCUAGUCUUCUGUCACGUUCCGGCAUUUUGCAGCUCUUUGCGCCACUUUGAAACGUCCAUAGUAUUUGGUCGUACCUUACUUAAGGCUGUCUAUCAGUAUGUGUACCAGCAAUUACUUACCAAGUGUAAGACUGAGAAAGAUCGCAUGCCACCGGAAAAACGGAGCAUGUUGGCUCAACUGCCAAAAUUCCUAGAAGCACUGAAACACGAAGUGAUUAAUGAAGAUUCGCUGAUAUGGGACUCAAAUUUUAAGCCGACCUCAUCGUUAAUGCUGCAGAAAAGCAAACGUCAAUAUGAGUCCGCAACAUCUUCCAACGGCAAGAAGACGGCAGAGUCGUCCAAGAGGUACAAGAAAGAUUCUGAUUGUGAGGAUCUGUCCGAUGAGGUUGUUGUGCGAGCGUUGAAAAGAAUUAAUGAUUCCAACUAUACUAGUCGCGCUGAAGUAGUUUUCCCACCGAAUGCUCCCAGAGAUGAAGCUGCAAAGGCGGAAGAGAAUCGACGCGAGAUUCAGUUCCAUGUGGUAGGGAACUCACUAACGAAACCCGUCACCAAGGAAUCAAUGCUUUGGCUGUUAGGACUCCACAGCGUUUUCGCUCACCAGCUACCGGGAAUGCCACGGGAAUACAUUAGUCAACUAGUUUUUGAUCCUAAACACAAAACACUUGCUCUGAUAAAAGAUGGAAGGCCAAUUGGAGGAAUAUGUUUUCGCACCUUCGCUUCGCAGGGCUUCACUGAGAUUGUAUUCUGUGCCGUUACCAGUAGCGAACAGGUGAAGGGAUAUGGAACGCAUUUGAUGAACCAUUUAAAAGAUUAUAGCACCGAAAGGGGUAUCAAACACUUCCUCACAUAUGCGGAUGAGUUCGCUAUUGGAUAUUUCAAGAAACAAGGAUUUUCAAAGGACAUCAAGGUCGCGCGCCAUGUUUACGCAGGAUACAUAAAAGAAUAUGAAGGUGCAACACUUAUGCAUUGUGAGCUUCAUCCAAGCCUCAUUUAUACCCAGUUCAGCUCUGUCAUACGAAAGCAAAAAGAAAUAGUGAAGGAGUUGAUUGCCCAGCGCCAGCAGGAAGUCCAAAAGGUGCAUCUUGGAUUGACAUGCUUCAGAGAAGGUUUGCGGAGCAUUCCCAUCGAAUCAAUUCCGGGUUUACGAGAAGUUGGUUGGAGACCACAGUUUCGCGCUCAACGUGCUUCUCGGCCGUUAGAGGAGCCCGUAGAUCCUGACAAGUUAGCAAACGCACUCACUGGUGUGCUACAAUCGGUUCGACAACAUACCGCCGCCUGGCCGUUCCUGAAACCGGUGAAUCCGGCUGAGGUUCCCGAUUAUUACGAUCAUAUCAAAUACCCGAUGGAUUUAAAAACGAUGGGGGAAAGAUUGAAGAAUAGAUAUUACGUAGCACGAAGACUGUUCAUGGCGGACAUGGCGCGUAUUUUCACCAACUGUCGAUUGUAUAACUCACCAGAAACUGAAUAUUAUCGGUGUGCGAACACGCUCGAUCGUUACUACCAGACCAAGAUGAAGGAGAUUGGUCUUUGGGACAAAUGAUGUUCACCCAUCAAGAGCGAACUGAGAAGAGAUUCUGGUUUGGAGUACGACGAAAAAAAAAGCACCGAAGUGGAUGAUAAGUUGAUGGAUGAUGCCUAUCACAAAGCAGAGUUUGGCAUGAAGAGCAAAGUCGUUUCCGCCACAGUAAGGGAUGUAACUCCAACAACGGAAUUAGGGAAUAAGCUAACCGUGUCGGAUAAAUGUCAGUAAAAUGAAAAUUUGUAAAUAUAUGUAAAAUUUAAUUGGAAGGAAUAAAGUUCUCAUGAUAAA